AUGGCUUCUCCAAUGCCUGAAAGCUUGGCAUGCAACACUGGUGAUGCUGACUUCCAAGGGAUUGAAGUUUCAGAAAUUGAUGGUGCCAUGCUCAUGUCCUUUUUGGAAGAAUCACAAGGUGAGGAGCGCGACGAGGACGGAUUAAAUAACAUCAUUCGGUCCCUGGAAGCGGAGAUCAAUUCCGAUACAAUGGAAGGUUGCAAUUUAACUCUAGACCCUGAGUUCAUCGGCGACGUAGAAGAUGGUCGGUUGAGACGACACAUGGACGGUCAUGAUUGCGCGGUGCCACAUGAUCAGCUUGGUUUUGGAUGGGUUGAUAUGGAGCCUCAGCCAGUGCCUUGGUACAUGGAACCUUGUGAAAUUGAGAUGGAUGGUGUGAUUGAAUUUGGUGGUCUUAGUGAUUAUUCUCACAUGAAUUAUGGUAUUGCCUUAGAUCAAGAGCAAGGGUACAGAUCUUUGUGGCAGGAAACAUAUGACACAAUUAUGUAUGAUUAG